CGAAAGCUUGCAGGGGAGAGUGGGUGGUACUGUGGCAGUGUUAAUUUGUGUCGGAAGGCGUAUUGUAUUUUAAAUGGGUUUAAAGAAACUUCAGAUAGUUUUUGAUAACCCGUGGUCAACAUAUUACAGCGGGCAGCCAGUUUCUGGAAGACUUAUCAUUGAUGUUGAUUCUCCUAAAAAAAUUAGAGCAAUUUCGAUUCAGUUCAAGGGUGAAGCAUAUGUGAAGUGGGAUGAAAUGAAAACAAGAAAAACUAAUGAAGGAAACACAACGAGGGAAACGAUUGUGUAUACAGCACAGGAGAAUUACUUUGAAAACAAAUUCAAUUUGGUUGGUGGAAGUGGUGAGAUGAUAAUUGAGCCUGGAGAGAAGAUAUACCCUUUUAGCACACAUUUACCACCUAACUUGCCAUCCUCGUUUGAAGCUGAAUUUGGUUAUGUAAGGUAUACUGUGAAAGCAGUACUGGAUCGUCCCUGGAAAUUUGAUCAAGAAGUGAAAUCUGCAUUUACAGUGAUUACCCCUUUGGAUUUGAAUACACAUCCUACAGCCAAGGAUCCUGUGAAGAAGGAGACCGAGAAAAACUUCUGUUGUUGCUGCUGCAAGUCUGGUCCACUUUCCCUAGUGAUGUCGAUACCUGUGGGUGGAUAUGUUUCUGGACAAAUUAUUCCAGUCACUGUGGAGGUCGACAAUGCCAGCAAUGUCAAUGUUGACAAUGUGUACUGUGCUCUAAGGAAGGUUGUAACAUUUAAGGCUACAUCGCCACAGAGGACUGAGCGCAAGGACAAAGUUACAAUAGCUGAGCAGAACUUCGGCUCAGUAGCAGGUGGUGGCUCCAACACUUGGUGUGAACAAAUCACAAUCCCACCAUUACCACCAUCUAAUCUUAACAACUGUAAUAUCAUUGACCUGGAAUAUGAUUUAAGAGUUGAAUGCAAAGUGGCGGGAUUCUAUCAUAGAAACUUGACAGUAAAGACACCUAUCAUACUUGGAAGCAUCCCACUGGCAUCCUACCAGUCACCUGUUCCAUUGCAGAAACCAGAUAGUGAGAACAAUGGAGCAAUCAUUCCAGAUGGCCCACCCACUGACCCGAGUGGUGACCACCAUCCACAGUAUGGACCUGCUGGUCACCAAUCCCCAGGAGGGUUUGCACAACCACAGUGGGGCCCUGCACCUCCAGGUCCUGCAGUGUCUCCUGGAGGACAACCUCAGAAUCCACAGUGGGGCCCUGGCCCAAAUGUCAGCCCAUCUGCACCACUCCCUACUGGGGGUGCUGGUGCUUGGGUUCCUCCAACUGGGCCCCCUCAACCAGGACCACCUGCUGCCCCUGGUGGAGCUCUGUACCCUACACUGCCACAACCCAUGUUUGCUGAGGGGACUUUUGGUGGUGCAAAAAAUAUUCGAGAUCCAUCUGACAACCAGUACACGCAAGGAUCUCAGGAGUUCACUCCACGUUAUCCAGUGUACAACUUUCAGCCACCUCAGCAAUGAUUUUAAAGAGGAAGAACAUUUUUUUUUUUUUUUACAAUAAUUUGUAUUGCUCUGAAUGUGAUACACUAACAUAGCUAACAUCUUUUGUCUAACAUGCAAUACCAUACUCUCGUAAAUGGCACAAAUGUUUUCAUUUUUUAUCAUCUGGUUGUUGGGACAAGCUUUUUAUAAUCUGACAUAACUUCAUAAACAUCAGUGAAAACUCUUAAACCAGGAAUCUCAGAUUUUUAUUUGCUUUGAAUACUAACUUAACAGAUUUACUGCUUUUUAUUUCUUUUACAUGUGUACAGAAUGAAUUUUUAAUUAUUAACAGCUUUGUAGAAGCUAAAAGUGUGCAUACUGUUUUUUUUAUACAAGCAUAGUCAAGACUGCUCACAUAUUUGUAUACAAAUUACUUUUAAGACUUUCUUUCAAGCUAGGAAAUUGUUUUAUAAAUGUUGCAAAGACCAAAUAUGAAAGAAUAUGAUGAUACACGAAUGUGAAACUGUUAAAGUAAGGUACCAUAUAACUUCAUCAAUAUUUCAUCAAACAAAGUAAAUAAAUACUUAUUAAACUGAGGAACUUUACCCUUAAGCCUUACCCUCAGGUUAUCAUGUAACCCUAUUUGUUUUUUGCUGCUGUUCUGUCAUUUCCUUUUCUGGUAUACUAUGUAAAAUAUUCCAUUUCACACUUAGGCAGCAUCAAAAAAAAUUUUCAUUUACUUAUGUAGAUCUGCUGUUACAACUGUUUGUCUGUUCUAGUACACAUAUUAGAUGUCAAAUUGAUGCAUCAUACUCACAGGCAAAAUUUAAUUGAAAUUAAUCUGCUUCUCUCGGAUCCAUGUUGCAUCUUAUCCCUCUUGACACCAAUGAAUAGUUUCGUGAUGUGUGUGUGUAUGUUGUUUGCAAGUUAUAGUUUCUUACAGAGAAAUAGUCAUCAUGUUAGAAGUGGUUAGUUUAUCUUAUGUUAUUGCUACUUAAUUUUAUCUUUUAAAUAUGUAGUGAGAGAAAUUUGAAGAAGCGUGUGCCCAUGAAUACAACACUUACAGCAACUACAAUAUUUUUUCAUGUGUGGCUUACAGAGUACUAAUUGAACCUGAUAUUUCACAAGCUUUUGUUAAUAUUAUUAGUUAUUUAUUAUUUGGGAGAAGAACCUUGUAACUUUAGCCACAAAUUAAAAUUAUUGUAUGCUAAUGCUCCUUCCUGUAACGAAUACUUCAACCUCCCUUAAUAUUCCUUUUCCAUUUUUUAAAAUGUGGAGAUCAGCCUUCCUCAAUUAUUUUUGUCAAGCCAGCAUCACAAUAAAUCCCUCUCUGCUUCUUUCUCCUCUUUCAUGGCCUUCCAUUUUCAUUUUAUCUUUUUCAUAGUUUCAUACAUUCUGCUCACAGUUUCAUACAUUCUGCUCAUCAACUGUUUGAGCCAAUAAAAAACUUUAAUAUUGUCAGUGAUACCAUGUUUCAAACACAUUUUUUAUGCUCACUAACCAUGCUAGUUUUUCCAUGAAAGUAGGACAAACAAGAGAGGAGUAAGUUUUUUCUGGCAGCUAUACCGUUACGCCAAUAUUCUGAGUCUGAUAAUCACUACUUUACUGUGAAAGCUCUCUACAGUGUAGUUUUUUCUGCUUUCUUGCAUACUACUAGCUAUCUGUUGGCAGAUAUUUUUAACUGAGCAGAUGAAUGUUUGAGGAGGGCCUCUAUACAGCCUUCCUUCCAGUCUGUGUUAAGUGAACCUCAUGAAUCUUCCAGUUAUUUGACCAUGAUGCUGAUAAAGAUGAAAUAGUCCUUGAACAUACAUAUCCUUAUGUAUAAUACUUUGUAUACAUGUGUGCACCUAAACUUUUGUUUCCAUAUACUAAAUAACAGAUCUGACCCUUAUUAUGAUUUCAUACUCAUUCAUUUCAGUGAGUGCGAAUAUGUUUAUAAGCACAAACUUUGUAUAGGGCAUUCCACAAACAUCAAUGGAAAGUAAGUUGCAGAAUCCCCACUAUGCAGCAAAACCAAAGCAAAUAAGUUCUCAGUGUGAACAAAAUUCUAGACAUGCACAGUUUAUUGUUUUGUAAUGUGUUUAUUGCUUGUUAUGUAGAAAUGUAGUAAGGGUUUUGCUAAGCAGAUGUACCUAAAUUAUCAAACAUAUUUUGAGAAAAUUUUACAAGAUAUGACAGCUUAUAACAUGUCCAUAAUUUGGCAUGUUUUAUUAUGAAAAUAACUGAAUGUUCCUACAUUUAUCAAGAAAAUUAACAAAUAUCUUGCAGGAUUCAUUAGAUCUGAAAUGGCUUGCAUAAUUUAAUUUUUGUUAUAUGUAGAGCAUUUAAAAUAUUAUAAAUGACUGAAAAUGAAAUAGCUGACUGAUGAAAAUACUCUGAUUUCUCACUGUGAUCUUAUAUUAGUUGCUUCUUUUAUUCAGAAAUAAUUUGUGAUGAAUGAAUCUGAAACUGGAAGAAAAAAUAGUUAUUUUUGGCUGAAAGCUCAUAGUCUAUAUUCUUAUGUUAUAGAUUUUGCUCAUUAUUUGUCCAUUUGUUUUUUAAUAAAUUCAGUGUAUUUCACCAUACUGGUAAAAAAUGUUAAUAAUUAUUCGAAUUUUAACUUCAUGGUCCAUUAUUGUUAUACCUUUUAAUAGUCAUAAAUACAAAAGCUCGUGUUUUAACUCUGCUCAGAGAAUUAUGUUUUUAGUGACAAAAUGAUAUAUAACAUAUAUUAUGAGAUGGAAUUUCUGACCAGUAAGAUGCACUAAAAUUUUUAGUACUGCAUAUAGAUACACACAAAAAUACAAAAAAUUAUCCCAUCUUUUGGAACUAUUGGUUCCUUACUCAGGUAGGGAAGAGGUACGGAGGGACAGGAGUUGAAUGUUAGAAAGGAAUGAUAGGUUCUCAGACCUCAGGAUGAGUGUGACCUGCCAGUUGUGAGGACAAGGGAGACAAAGAUGUGUCUACAGGCUGUACUAAAAUUUUUCAUCUCCUGAAAAUAGGAACUGGCCAGCAAUUCUGCCUCAUAUUUUUAUAGCUUUCACAAGUGAACUCUCCUUUUGAUACAUGUAAUGUAUGUUGGUAAUCAUAAUAUAUUUUAUGACCUGUUAUGAUGGAUCCACGAUCCACUUGUCUCAUGUGUAGCAAGCAAGCUGUACUGGCACUAACGAAUUUUUCUGCUUCAUACAUAUCUGUUUCUAUAACUUAGCAAUAAUUUUGUGCAUUAAUAAGAUUUAUGGGUUUAAGAUUUACUCAGCCUUUAAAUGCAUACUAACAAAGCAUUUACCAUGUUUUUCAACAGUUAACCGAGACUUGAGCACAGAUAUUUUUUUAGAUUUUUGUGACUGAUCUGUAUAACUUGACAUUUUUAGAGUUUGUCUAUCUUGUCACUGGUGACAUGUUAUCUGCUUUAGCUUGGUACUAGCUAGUAGCUUGUGUUACUUUAGAAUGGUUGAAUUUUUGUGUGGAGUGUUGUUCCCACACAUAAUUGUUUUAUAUUGCUUUUCACCUUUUGUUUGCAUCACUUAUAUUUUGAAAUGUAAUAUGACUGUUCAGCUGGUCAGAAAUAUAUGUAUACUUCUGUUA